AUGGCGUCCAGCUACAAAAAGUCCACUGGGGCGUCCGGCAGCCAGAGGAAGAAGUUGGGCCCGAAGCCCGAGCUCACGGAAGAUCAGAAGCAGGAAGUCCGGGAAGCGUUUGAUCUCUUCGAUGCCGACGGCAGUGGGACUAUCGACGUGAAGGAGCUGAAGGUGGCCAUGAGGGCGCUGGGCUUUGAGCCCCGCAAGGAGGAGAUAAAGAAAAUGAUCUCCGAGGUGGACAAGGAAGGCACGGGGAAGAUCAGCUUCAAUGACUUCCUGGCCGUGAUGACCCAGAAGAUGGCCGAGAAAGACACCAAAGAGGAAAUCCUGAAGGCGUUCAGGCUCUUCGAUGAUGACGAAACGGGCAAAAUCUCCUUCAAAAACCUCAAGCGCGUGGCCAACGAGCUGGGGGAAACGCUCACCGACGAGGAGCUGCAGGAAAUGAUCGACGAAGCCGACCGUGAUGGAGAUGGAGAAGUGAACGAGGAAGAGUUUCUCCGGAUCAUGAAGAAAACCAACCUUUAUUAA